CUAGUUUCCAUGGUGUGGGAGGUCGCGUCUGCGCACUGACUGUUCCUUUCAGCAUCCGGUGCGGGGAGUCGCACGUAGAUGAACUGGGCGGCGUGGAGCGCAUCGUGGCUACGAGCAUCGGGACAGCUGGCUGCUGUAGCACCGAGAGUGUCCUUCUCCUCACCACUCUGUCAGACUCGUUGGUGGCUGGGUGAACAUGUCGGAGAGUCCUGAACACACGAGCUCUGGCGGUCCGCUGCUCUCUCUGGACCCUAAACUGCAUGAGCAAUUCAAGAAGAAAGUUCAGAAUGUCCGAAGGAAACAACAGGUGGAGGCUCUUUCUCCUGGUGUCGUCUACGUCGCUCACAUACCUCGGGCUCUGUUUGAGCCCCAGCUGAGAAGAUACUUCAGCCAAUUUGGGACAGUGACUAGGCUGCGUCUUUCAAGAAGUAAGAAGACUGGUGCCAGUAAAGGAUAUGCAUAUGUGGAGUUUGAAUGCAAUGAAGUUGCUAAAAUUGUUGCAGACACGAUGAACAAUUAUCUCUUCUGUGAGAGGCUGCUAAAAUGUGAAUUUAUGCCUCCAGAAAAAGUCCACCCCAGAAUCUUUGUAGGAUGUGAUGCCAAGUUCAAGAAGCCAACACUGCCAGCAGUUAAACGCUAUAACAAACCCAGGAGCCUGCAGCAGGCAAAGAGGAUGUCGCAGAGAAUGCUGGACAAAGAGAAGAAGCUAAGGAAGCGUUUAGCAGAGAAAGGCAUCGACUACGACUUCCCGGGAUUUGCUGCUCAUAAGAAGGUGACAAAACGGUCUGUGUCAGAUGCUGACUUGUCUGUAAACAGUCAGGACCCAACACCAGUGUGCACACCAACAGUUCUGGAAAGGAGAAAAUCUGUCCGCUUGGACGAUGCAGAUGAUGAUGAUGAAAUUGUACUGAAGUUACCGGAGGUAAAAACCACCUCUAAGAAAGUACCGAAACUCGCCAAGAUGGAGAAGAGAAUAAAGAUUAAGAAACUGAAAUUACAAACAAAUUGAAUUUGGGGAUAAAGGACUGCAGAACCUGCAAGGGAAACGUGCUGCUGAGGCCAGAGUACUUGGGGAGGAUGAGACCCUUAUCCACAAACAUGACAUCAUUAUACUUUCCUGUAAAUAUUUCCAUACAGGACCACUCUUGUGUAAUGGUUUCACAUCCAGUAUCUGCUCUCUGUAUUUAUGGUAUGAGAACUUUUUAUAUGUCUCACUGUAUUAAACAUUCUUGUGUGCAGGACUGUGUGCUCUAAUACUGGUAAAAUCUUUAUGAAACUGCAAAGAUGAAUAGUCCAUUGAUGCUGCAAUGUUUUUAUAUGCUAAUAUUAUAUAUAUAUAUAUAUAUAUAUAUAUAUAUAUAUAUAUAUAUAUAUACUCAUUCAUUCUCUCUCUCAUUCUCUCUCAUUCUCUCUCUCAUUCUCUCUCUCAUUCUCUCUCUCUCUCUCUCUCUCUCUCUCUCUCUCUCUCUCUCUCCAUACAUGGGGUCUGUAAGGGUGGAGCAAGGACCUUUUUCUGCUGACCUGGAUUUUGCAGUCAUAAAUCUUUAUUUUUUAAUAAACCAGUAUUUGCCUUCUCUUUUGGGAUAUGUGGAGCAGUUACUUCUAUACAAUAUACACUAAAAUACAUUGACUCUUGCACAUUUAUGGAUACAUUUAUUGAAUAUAUAUAUUUUAUUCCUGUAAAUGUCCUAAUUUUUCCUUUACUGUAUUAUACUGUAGUAAUGAUCAUUUGUGCGCUAAUCUUGGUUUUGACUAUGUUGCCCAUACAGAAUAUACAAAUACUUAUUGGUGAGUGACUUAGGGGUAUAUGCAAUUGUGGUCGAAUUCCCAAAAUUGUAGAAUUUCGGGAAUUUUUCGCCAACAAAAAAAAAAUCGACAAUGCAAUUCAGUACUUUCCGACAAAAAAAUGGACUUUCAAAUUUCGACUUUUUGAAAUUCGACUUUUGACAAAUUCGACUUUUUUGCAAUGAUACACAUGCUGCAAUUCGACCAAAGUCUAUUCAAUGGAAGUUUGGAAAUUCGACAACAGUGCUUUUAGACAGUAAAUUCGUCAUUUUCAAUCCGCCACACUUUGGUGGGUGAAACUAAUAAAAAAAAUUUAAAA